GAAACCUCAGCAGACAUGUCAAAGGCAGAUGUUGAAGACAAUGUUAGUUCUCCUCAAAGACAUCAGAGCAAAGCAAUUGAUGAAGAUGAAAACUCGGGAGAAGUGUCACAGGCAGCUGUUGAGGACAAUGCAAGUUCUCAAAGACAUCAGAGCAAAUCAGUUGAUGAAGAUGAAAACUCAUCAGGAGUGUUAGAAGCAGCUGUUGAAGAUAAUGUUACUUCUUUUCAAAGACAUCAGAGCAAAUCAAUUGAUGAAGAACCUAUCACCAGCAGAUUCCGAAUAUUAUUUGAGCGACUACGUCACUUACUCUCGGGAGUUUUGAUAUCUCGGCGAAGAAAAAUUACAGAUGUGUCGAAGAUGCCGGAAAAUGCUACUAUCGUUCAAGCAGAAAGAGGUAUCUAUAUAAGAAAUCGAAAACGGAAUUCUAAAGAUUAAUGCAUUAUCAUGACCGAAGCAUACCGUUUUAAACUGAGCUUAUUCAUGAUUAAUGUCAUGUUAAAGAAUCAAUGUUACAUGUACAUAUGUAUUACCAAUGCAUGCAUAUAUAGCAUUUUAUAUUUUAUAAGGCCACUUGAAUUGAAGAAAAGGCAAUUAUUUCAUUCGACAAUAAAAUGUGGAAGUUUCUUUAGAAAUUGACAUCAAAGGAAAAAUAAAGUCAAUAAAUAUCGAGCUUUCCUACGAAAUAUCAGCUUCAAAUACAAUAAGUAUGUAUACACGUAACAUUCUAACCUUGUCGGAAAGUGCAGAGUUGUGGAAGGUAGAGGGUAAAACAAAAUCAGUUCUUCAUUUAUUAAACCUACGUGUAAAAUAAUAAAAUCUAGAUCAUUGCUAGAAAAAUCAUUGAAUUAGGUUGAUUCCACAUAUCAGUAACGUGUAAAAUAAUAAAAUAAAGAUCAUCGUUAUUAACCAUUUCUCUGAUUGUUAGUUAUAAAAGAAGUACUCAAACUUUAUACCCUUCAACCAAAUUGUAAAAUGAUUGAAUGUAUAAUAAAAUGACCUGUGUGAAAAGUAGUGUUAUUUCUCUUUCCUGAUUU